AUGGGGACCUGGAUUUUGUUUGCCUGCCUCCUGGGAGCAGCCUUCGCUAUGCCACUACCGCCUCAUCCUGGGCACCCUGGUUAUAUCAACUUCAGCUAUGAGGUGCUCACCCCUUUGAAGUGGUACCAGAACAUGAUAAGGCAGCCGUACCCUUCCUAUGGUUACGAGCCCAUGGGUGGAUGGCUGCACCACCAAAUCAUCCCCGUGCUGUCCCAGCAGCAUCCCCAGAGCCACACCCUGCAGCCUCAUCACCACUUCCCCAUGGUGGCCGCUCAGCAGCCCGUGGUCCCUCAGCAGCCAAUGAUGCCACUUCCCGGCCAACACUCCAUGACUCCAACCCAACACCAUCAGCCAAACCUCCCUCCACCCAUCCAGCAACCCUACCAGCCCCAGCCAGUCCAGCCGCAGCCUCAGCAGCCCAUGCAGCCACAGCCACCUGUGCACCCCAUCCAGCCCUUGCCACCACAGCCACCUCUGCCUCCGAUGUUCCCCAUGCAGCCUCUGCCCCCCAUGCUCCAUGACCUGCCCCUGGAAGCUUGGCCAGCAACCGACAAGACCAAGCGGGAAGAAGUGGUGAGUGCACCUCGAAGCCGGCAUAGUACAAGUCCUGGGGGAAUGGGGGAGCAAAAUGGCCCCCCAGAGUUCUGAGUUCCCCAACAAUGCAGGCCCCAGAGUUGCAGUAGCUCCAGGUCUACGAUUCUAUUAGUCCAAGGCAUGUAGUGCAACUUUACAUUGUAAAUGAGUUUAUUCAUCUGCAUGGCUCAGGAAUUAAGACUAGAGCUUUUAUGGUGGGUUCA